GAGGUCUGGGUGUGUGACGGGGUGCAGCCCAGCAGGGCUAUGAAGUCCCAGCACUCCCCAGAGAACGCGGCCAGGGAGAGGAGCCGUGUGCGUAACCUCCGCCAGGCUUUCCACAGCCUGCAGGCAGCCCUGCCCUCUGUCCCCCGUGACACCAAGCUCUCCAAGCUGGACGUCCUGGUCCUGGCCACUGACUACAUCGCCCACCUUACUGAGACCCUGGACCAGGGCGGGGCUCUCUCUGAACUCACACUGCCCCCCAGGGCAGGGGGAUACCUCCACCCAGUCAAGGUUGGUGACAUCAAACUACCUGGGUGCUUAUCUUUUUCGUUCCUUGGUUAUCAUAGCUUAUAACCCCGAUCUGUCCAGAUGUUCAGUUAAAAUCAGACAUGAAUUGUAGUGUAACAGCAGUGUAGUAGGAUGUCCACAGUAGGCAUCACUACUUCUUACAUUAUCUAUAUGACAUUCACAAAGAGUUGUUUGAAUUUGGUAUGACUUAUAACAAUCAUACAGACUAAAGUUGAACAUGUUUCCUGUCCUGACAGAAGUGGCCGAUGCGCUCCUUGCUGUACUGUGGGAGUGUGGGAGAACUGCUGUCAGCCAAUCAGACGCCAGCGUCAGGGGAGGAGGAGACACAUCCACUGACCCCUACCCCAGAGGUCGACAUGGACCGAUCCGUUUAG